AUGGCCCCGAGCAGAACUAGCGACCGCAGCGGAUUGUUGAUCCUCACGGUGACGUUCGUCCUGCUGCAGCUCCGUGGCUGUAACGGUGAUUAUGAGAAUACGUGGAAUUUUUACUACGAGCAGCCGUGCUGCGGCAGCGGGCAAUCGAACGGGGCUAUGAUCGGCUUCAACGGGCAGCAUCAUCUCCGGCAUCACAGAGAUCAUGUGCGAGAGUUCCAGUGCGGGAAGUUCUAUUACAGAACGUUUUAUCUUGACGAAGAACGAGAUGCCCUCUACGUUGGAGCAAUGGACCGAGUAUUUAAGCUGAACCUGAAAAACGUCAGCAUGACGUCAUGUGAGCGUGACACCAUCGUGCUGGAUCCCACCAGCUCGGACAUCCGGAACUGCGUUUCCAAAGGCAAAAGCGAGAUGUUUGACUGCAAAAACCACAUCCGUGUGAUUCAGCCAAUGGACAGCGGCAACCGGCUCUACAUCUGUGGCACGAAUGCUCACAACCCGAAAGAUCUCGUCAUUUACUCGAAUCUAACGCACCUGUCACGAUCGGAGUACGUGCCCGGGAUUGGGUUAGGCAUUGCCAAAUGCCCCUACGAUCCGUACGACAACUCGACGGCCAUUUACGUGGAACAAGGCAAUCCGGGUGAUUUGCCAGCGUUGUACUCUGGAACGAACGCCGAAUUCACGAAAGCCGACACGGUGAUAUUCCGCACCGAUCUGUACAACAUGACAACUGGCAAGAAGGUGUUUAACUUCAAGCGUACCCUGAAAUACGACUCCAAGUGGCUUGAUAAACCCAACUUUGUCGGCUCGUUCGACAUCGGUGAGCACGUGUACUUCUUCUUCCGGGAGACGGCCGUCGAGUACAUCAACUGCGGCAAAGCGGUCUACUCGAGGGUGGCGCGCGUCUGCAAGAAGGACACCGGUGGCAAGAACAUCCUGAACCAGAACUGGGCCACCUAUCUGAAGGCGCGCAUCAACUGCAGCAUCUCGGGCGAGUUUCCGUUCUACUUCAACGAGAUCCAGGACGUGUACCAGCUGCCCUCGGACAAGACCAAGUUCUACGCCACCUUCACGACCAGCACGAACGGGCUGGUCGGUUCGGCCGUGUGCAGCUUUGACAUCAAUGAAAUCCACGGCGCAUUUGCUGGAAAAUUCAAGGAGCAAGCGACAUCCAACUCAGCCUGGCUGCCGGUGCUCAACUCGAAGAUUCCCGAACCCCGGCCCGGUACGUGCGUCAACGAUACGUCCACCCUUCCGGACCUGGUGCUCAACUUCAUCCGCUCCCAUCCGCUCAUGGACAAGGCGGUCAACCACGAACACAACAACCCGGUCUACUACAAGCGCGAUCUCGUCUUCACCAAGCUCGUCGUUGACAAGAUUAAAAUUGAAAUACUCAGCCAAGAGUACACCGUCUUCUAUAUCGGCACGAACGCCGGUCGGAUCUACAAGAUCGUGCAAUACCUGCGCAAUGGCGAGUCCAAGUCGAAGCUGCUGGACAUCUUCGAGAUCGCACAGAACGAAGCGAUCCAGGUGAUGGAGCUCAGCCAGAAGCGUAAAUCCCUGUACGUGGCCACCGACUACCGUGUGAAGCAGAUCGAUCUGGCCAUGUGCAAUCGGCGGUACGACAAUUGCUUCCGCUGUGUAAAGGAUCCUUACUGUGGUUGGGAUAAGGAUACGAGCACCUGCAAACCGUACGAGCCGGGUCUGCUGCAGGAUGUUGGAAACGAAACGUACGACAUCUGCGACACGAGCGUACUGAAGAAGAAAAUCAUCGUCACCUACGGACAGAGUGUGCACCUGGGAUGCUUCGUGAAGAUACCUGAGAUACUUAAAGAUCAGACGGUCACGUGGUAUCACCACUCGAAGGAAAAGGGCCGCUACGAGAUCAAGUACAAUCCAACCAAAUAUAUCGAGACAACGGAGCGUGGAUUGGUGGUCAUUUCGGUGAACGAAGCUGACGGAGGUCGGUACGAUUGCCACCUCGGUGGUUCGCUUCUCUGCAGCUACAACAUUACGGUGGACGCGCAUCGAUGCACGCCACCCAACAAGACGAACGAUUACCAGAAAAUCUACUCGGACUGGUGCCACGAGUUCGAGAAGUACAAAUCGGCCAUGAAAACCUGGGAGAAGAAGCAAGCACAAUGUUCCCGGCAGAACUACAGCAAUCAACAUCCCAACGAUGUGUUUGCACGAACUCCUAAUGUCUGAUCCUAAGGCGUCCCCUGUGAACAGCAUCUCGUACUCGAGAGCGUCGUUGGCAACCGC